CCUAAUUUCUCUUUCUUUUUUCCUUUUCACCCUCACAGCCGCACACCCCUUCUCCCUUCUCUCUCACGCUCCCUUCACCUCUCCUUGUCCUCUGCUCUUUCCACUUCCCUCUGUUCCCCAUGCCUAUCCUCCUCCGCUCCUUCGUCUCUCUCUCUCUCCUCAUAUUUCUCUAUAAAGAACAAAAUCACUCAACAUAAAAGGGGAAUUUUUUUUAGAAUAGAGAGGAUUUGGAUUAGCAAGAAACCCGAAUCAACAAGGAGCUGGAACCGCAAAAACCCUACAAAAAAACAUCAAUUUUAAUCAUAAAAAGGAGCCUUACUCGAAGGAUAACAACCAACAAUCACUCAACCUUUUUCGUUUUUGGUUUUGAAACUUUAACUACUUUAAUCGGGUUCGUUCGGUUCGAGCGUAGAUUCGAGACGUCGACACCCACUUCACUGCGCACAAAAAAGGUAGCACGUACCAAACAACUUCAUCUCCAUUGCUUUAUAGCUGCACUCCAGUAAGUUUAAAACUUGAAAGCUGAAGAUGACGUCCAAGAAACUACAGCAAUAGGAAAGUAGGGGCAGCAGUCAAUUCCGGUGACGACAAUUGUGGCAUAAGAUGUGAUAGUGGAAUGUAUUUUUAAUCCUAAAUUCCUUUUCAAUCACCUCUUCUAAAUAAGAUAUAUUCAUCAUUCACGUAUACAGGAUUAUGAUGUAUCUUCCUUCCUUUGGCCUAGACAGAGCAUCAUGCGCCUGUUUUUCUUAAUUUGUUUCAUCUACAUGUAUUAUAUGCUUGGAGACAAAAGUCCCACGGCUCAUUAGAUAAAAUACUUAUUCGUAUUCAGUGUAAACAUCAAAUCAAAUAAUUUAGACUUAGACAUUAAAAACUGUACUUAUAAUACUUAAGACUUAAUUAAUUAAUGAAUAUAGAUGUACCUUGUAUUCAUUAAUUCGGUACAACCUGGUGAAUAUAAGUACUUAACGCUGAAUUAUUCUUAGAAGCGGUGGAAGUAUUAGCCUCAAGAAACAACGAGUAUACAUUUAAUUUUACUUUCACAUUGUACUGUAAUGAUGAGUGGAGCGUUGUAUUGCUAUAGCUUAUUAGGCUAGUCUCUCAAGCUUGAGAUUCAAUUUUUACUUAUACCAAUCGCGUUAGCAUUGAUACACCUCUGUGUCACACCAAUGUAUUGUAGGUUUGUAGCUAGCUAGCUAUAGGUUUAUCAGCAAAUGAUUCUCUACUUCUCUAUUUUUACCUAGAGUUUAUCCCCCCUAUCGAAUGAAGAAUUAUUCCAACUAGAGUUUGAAGAGAACGGGACCAAAUUGACCUCAAGUUAGAGGGAACUGAACAUUAGUAUUUGGCCCCAUAAGAUAUUUAAUUAUAUUGGAGAAAAUGGAAAACUGAUAAUUAAUUAGGGGAAUUGACGAAGAUAUCACAGCUAAUUAUAUACUGUAUAUGACUUAAAGAAUAGUAGAGGAAAGUAAGAUGUAACUGGAAAAUCAAAGUUUGUCAACACUCUUAUCUUUCCAUUCUUGAAUCUUCAUCUUUUAAUUGCUGAUCAAUUUCAUGAAGGGAAUCUGCACUUGAAGGGUUGAUCAGGUGCUGGAUAGUAAUUUUGAGAUCUAGAGACAUAGAAAAUAUGCAAAGAGAAUAUAUAGGAAUAGGAAACUUUUUUGCUAGGUCUAGCUUGUUAGUUUGCUAGGUCUGGUUUGUUAGUUUUUUUUCUUUUUUCUUUUUCCGCUAAAGUAAUUAUAUUUGUCAGUUUCAAUGUAAUAAGAAAGAUAAUAUACAUACCUUGCUCGGCAUAAUAUACAUACCUUUCUCGGCCUUUUGGGUAAAAUUGAAUUCUAAUAUUUUUUCUUUCUACCUUAUAACUUUUCAACAACUUUUUAAAAAAUUUCCAACAAUUAUUAAUAUAAUAACACAAGAGUUAAAUAAAUUGGAGUACCAUUUUAAAUUUCCACAUACAGCUAGGAUGAAUAAAUGAGGCACAGUGUUUCUUAGACCAUUAUGCAUGUUGUAUGCAUACACUAUGUACUCCAUGGAUCGGACCGUACAUUAUUUUUUUCUUUUUACCUCACUAAUUCCCCCAUAAUAAUUCAAUACCAAUGUACGUAAUUCAAGUUUUUCCCAAACAGAAAACUCAUCACUAUUUCCAAAGUACCUUUCUAGUAACUAAAAGUAAAGAACAAACUAUUCGUAAAGCAAAUCGGACCGUAAAUGUCCAAGUAUACACACCCAAAAAUGAACGUUCAGGAUCUAACUUUACGUAAUACCAGAUUUUGAUAUCAGAGAAAUAGUGUGUGUAUUUGUGAGUGUGAACAGAAGGUGGAUGAUGAAUUGCAUGAUGGUAUAUAGAUUCCGAUAUACUAAGUAAGACAAUGAGAAAACAUUUGAUUCACUCUUCUGGCAUUCAAAUUCCCCUAUUAUUUUAAUAUCUAAUAAAAGACUACUAUCUUUUUCCAUUUCCACUUUUUUGAAAAAGCCGCUAAUCAUUCCCAUCCCCAUGUCUCUCCUUCUCCAGCUAUUAUAGUCUCCCAUAUAUCUUUACCCUCACACUCUCUCCCCUCUUCCAUCUGUCUAUCUUCUAUAUAAAUAAAGAGAUUAAUAUUCAGAGAUAAGACUCAGCAGGAGUGGCUAAUUAUACUUGAGAUCAAAAUGGGUAGAGCUCCUUGCUGUGACAAAGCCAAUGUCAAGAGAGGACCAUGGUCACCUGAAGAAGAUUCCAAACUCAAAGCCUAUAUUGAGCAACAUGGCACUGGUGGUAACUGGAUUACCCUUCCCCAGAAAGUUGGUCUUAAGAGAUGUGGGAAGAGUUGUCGGCUUAGAUGGCUGAAUUAUCUCCGGCCAAACAUCAAACACGGAGAGUUCACCAAGGAGGAAGACAACAUAAUCUGCAGUCUCUAUAUGAGUAUCGGCAGUAGGUGGUCCAUUAUUGCUGCACAAUUACCCGGAAGAACGGAUAAUGAUAUCAAGAAUUACUGGAAUACAAGGCUGAAGAAAAAGUUACUACUAGGCAAUAAGCAGCGAAAGGAUCAUCGACCACGGACCGGAUACAAUCACAAUAAGCUAGAAACGAUGAAGGAACACGAAAAUUUCUUUACUAGUCAGCAAGCUAUCGAUGCAUAUUCUUGGCCUCCAGUACAACCACUACUCUUCUCUGCACUAAUUGCUCCACAAAAUGACCUGGCAGAAAGCAGUUCAAACAGCAACAACUUUCAAUACUUCAGUGAUCAGGUUUAUUUUGCCCACGAUCAAUUGUGUCAAAUUAGCUCGACCAAUCAGCUUGCAUCGAUGAAUCCCUUAAAUGGAAACACUUGUAAUAUUUCUUCAGUGACAAGCAGCGGCUAUUACCCUAGCAACGGAGUUAUCAACAGCAAUCUUCAAGAGUAUAAUAAUUACAUUUCCGUUGGGCUGGAUGACGUGGCUAACAGUACUAGUACUCAUUCUCAGCCAAUACAUAAAAGUGUGUUUGAAAUGGUCAAUAGCAGCACUAUUAGCACCACUACAUCACAAGAUCAAAGUACAAGCUGGGAAGAAUUGAGCCCUCUUGUUAAUUACCCCCCAUCCUUAUUCGAAACCGUAUCACCCUAUUAUGUAUUUGAAGAGCCAAGGUACCUGGGCUUGUUGAAACAGUAAAACAUUUUAGCCAUAUAUAUAUGUACGUUACUUUUCCUAGUUUCUGUAUGUUUUGCUCCACUAGCAAUUUCAUCUUGAUUACUACAGUACUAUAAAAUUCUUUGUAUUUACUCGA